CGCUGAUCGCUUCAAUAAAACCCCCUGAAGCCUCUCGGCAGCCGUGGAGCAACAUGUCAUGCGUGCAGAGACAGCAUAAACUCAGCAAAUCUGAGGAAUUACUCCGCAAUGCUUCCAGCCAGAAGGUGAUACAAACAAAUGCAAAACUCCUAGGUAUGGAGGGCGAUCCGGACCUCCAGUUCCUCUUGCAAGGCGGAGACCUCCUCAAGGUCCUGUCCUCAUCCUGGAAGAAGACCCGCUGUCUUAAACUCCAGGAGGACUGUAAGACCAUGUGGCGAGAAUCUAAGAAAGUCUUCAAGUCAAGCCAGACCUUUCCAGUCGACAGCAUCUCAGCGGUUCGACUCGGCCGUCAGUCGGAGGGCUUGAAGAAGAGUACAGAAGAGCAGGUGGAGGGUCGCUGCUUCACCAUCCUGUUUAAGGGUCGCCGCAAGAACCUAGACCUCAUAGCAAGCUCUGAGGAGGAGGCCAGGCGCUGGGUGAGAAGCCUGGAAAAACUCGUCUCCAACAUCAACAACCUCAACCGUCAGCAGACUACAGAGCACUGGAUUUUCAGCUGCCUGAGGAAAGCAGACAAGGACAAAGAUGAUAAACUGAGUCAGUCGGAGAUGAAGAGGUUCCUGCAGCUGAUCAACAUCGAGUUGGAUGAUGACUACGCAGAGAUGCUCUUCAAGCAAUGUGACAAAUCCAAUUCGGGAUACCUCGCUGGAGCGGAGAUCGAGCAUUUUUACGAUCUGUUGACCCAUCGGGAGGAGAUCGACGUCAUCUAUGGGGAGUUCGCCAAAACCACGGGCUUCAUGAGUGCCCAAAACCUGGUGGAGUUCCUGAUGAAGGAGCAGAGAGAGAAAGCCACCCUAGCUGAUGCCAAGCAGAUCAUUGAGAAGAACGAGCCAGAUGAACAAGCCAAGGCCAAAGAGCUGCUGUCCAAAGAUGGCUUCCUCAUGUACCUCCAUAAUCCAGAUGCCAUGCUCCUCAAUCCAGAUCACAAGGUGCUGCAUCAUGACAUGCAGCAGCCCCUCAACCAUUAUUUCAUCUCCUCCUCGCACAACACCUACCUAAUGGAGGAUCAACUGAAAGGACCUAGCAGCACAGAGGCUUACAUCAGGGCUCUGAUGAAGGGCUGCCGCUGUGUGGAGCUGGACUGCUGGGAUGGAUCGGACAACGAGCCAGUGAUCUACCACGGUUACACCCUAACCUCGAAGAUCCUCUUCAAAGAUGUCAUCAAAGCAAUAAAGGAGUAUGCCUUCAAGACAUCCGACUAUCCAGUAAUUCUUUCCUUGGAGAACCACUGUAGCGUAGAGCAGCAGUCGGUCAUGGCCAAGCAUAUGACCUCCAUCCUGGGGAGCGCGCUCGUCACCACUCCCCUGGGUGACAGCAUGCCCACCAACUUCCCAUCGCCUGAGGAGCUGAAAGGGAAGUUCCUGAUUAAAGGGAAGAGGUUAAACAAACUGGAAGCCAGCUUUGCUGAUGUUUCUCCAGAGGACGAGGAUACCGAUGUGACAGAAGAAGAAGAGUCUGGCAAUGAGGCUGAGAAAGAACCAGAGGAAAAGAAGAGCAAGAAAAAGCUCAAACUAGCAAAGGAGCUGUCCAACAUGGUGAUCUACUGUAAGAGCGUCCAUUUCCAUGGCUUUGAAGACGCCAGAAAAAACCUGGGCUUUUAUGAGAUGUCUUCCUUUAAGGAGGGAAAAGCCAUGAAUCUGGCUGAGGACUCGGCAAACGCCUACAUCCGACAUAACGUGGAGAAACUGAGCCGCAUUUAUCCUGCAGGCUCAAGGACUGACUCUUCAAACUACAACCCAUUGCCGCUGUGGAACGCAGGCUGCCAAAUUGUCGCCUUGAACUUCCAGACAUCCUGCAAAGAGAUGGACAUAAACCAGGGUAGGUUCGUGGUCAACGGCAAGAGCGGCUACGUUCUCAAGCCGGCUUACAUGAGGGACGUUUCCACUGAGUUCGAUCCGAUCACCCUGACCCGGGGAGAAUGGCUGCAGCACAAGACGCUGCAUGUCAUGGUCAUAUCAGCCCAGCAGCUUCCCAAAGUCAACAAGAAGAAAAGCUCCAUUGUGGAUCCAUUUGUUACAGUGGAGAUCUACGGAGUACCAGCCGACGUAGCAGAACAGAAGACCAGUCCUGUUGAUAACAAUGGUUUUAACCCAGCCUGGAAUGAGCUCUUCCAGUUUGAAGUGUACGUGCCGGAGCUGGCACUGGUUCGCUUUCUCAUUGAGGACCACGACUCCACAUCUGGCAACGAGUUCAUCGGCCAAUACACUAUUCCAUUCAACAGCUUACAAAUGGGAUACAGACACGUGCCUCUGCUCAACAAGAAUGGUGACCUCCUCCCCUCAGCUGGACUAUUUGUGUUCGUCAUGGUCGUGGAUGCUCAAUGAAACAUCAGACUGUGUGUUACUGCCACCCCUCUGCUACAAACCUGGUUCACAUGUUUGUUUGUUUUUUUUCUUUUAGGGGAUGAUUUAACUUAUAAAUUUUAUUCUAGUAGAUUCUAAUGAGACUAAAGAAAAAAUGAUUUUAUGCCUGAAAACCAACUCAUUUGUUCCUAAUUUUAGCCAGAAUAUUUUAAGAAAGUAUAAUUUUACAUAAUUUAGGGAAACAAACUUCGACAAAAACAAAUGUUUUCACUAAUUAUCUUAGCCUCUGAUUGUUUUUUUUAGUUUUGAUGUAGCUUUAUCUGACUUAUUUUCAUUGAAAUCACUUAACAUAAAAGUGUGAAACUGUG